AAAUACAACAAAUUACUUAACAUGACAGCUCUGGGCUUAGUUCUGUUAUCGAUGAUGGGUUUUAGCCAACAAAUGAAAUCGGGAAUGGUAACACGUGACGAAUGGGGUGCACGCAGCCCAACACUGGUGGAACAUUUCAAGGGUCCAGCACCAUUUGUCAUCAUUCAUCAUUCGUAUCAACCGGCAGCGUGCUACACCAAUGAAGAUUGUCGCAAAGCGAUGCGUUCUAUGCAGGAUUAUCAUCAGCUGACCCAUGGUUGGAAUGACAUUGGCUAUAGUUUUGCCAUCGGUGGUGAUGGUAUGAUUUAUAUUGGCCGUGGAUUUAAUGUGAUUGGUGCCCAUGCACCCAAAUACAAUGAUAAAAGUGUGGGCAUUUGUCUCAUUGGAGAUUGGAGAAGUGAACUACCACCACCCCAGAUGUUAAAGGCUGCCAAGGAUUUAAUUGAUUUUGGUGUUGCCAAGGGCUUUAUAGAUCCCGAUUUUAAAUUAAUGGGUCAUCGCCAGGUACGAGACACGGAAUGUCCCGGCAAUCGUCUCUUCAAUGAAAUUUCAACAUGGCAACACUUCUCACCAACCGCCAAUAGCACAGAAAAUGAAAUCAAAUAA